AAUAAAUAAAUUCGAUCUUAUUAUAGUCCUCAAAACAGGUCAAUCUCGAGUUAUCGAAUUUUAUCGCCAAACUGCGUGAUCUUUUCAAUCGAGUCAGUUGCUUGCGUAAAGUUGUUCGGUGACCGUCAUGGAGUACACUUCCGACAGUAGCGACGGCGAGACUAGCUACAGAAUAGUCGACCUGUCUUACCUGCUGCUGGAUCCGGACGCCAUUGACCACAACCUCAAGGACUACCUCGAAAAGGAUUCGAAAAAACCCGCGGAAAACGUGGAAAAACUGAUUUUGCAUCACAAUCAGCUACGCGUGAUUCCCAGGAACUUGGUCAAGUUUACCAACGUGCAAGUGUUGGACGUGAGCAACAACGGCCUUGCGAGUUUACCGGAUAUAUUCCGCCAUUGUCGGUUGACGAAUCUCGUGGCGAAGAACAAUCUACUGAAGAACGACAGCUUGCCGAAGGAAUUCUCCGAGUGUGUGCAACUCAAAGAGCUCAACUUGAGCGGCAACCGGAUACAGCGCUUCCCGGAGCAGAUUUUUAGCUUCCCCAACUUGAGAUUCCUGUACCUGGGCGGCAACGGAAUGGAGAACAUCUCCAAAGACGUGUGGAAAUUGAAACAAUUACUAGUAUUAUCGGUCGGAGCCAAUGAGAUAACUGACGUUCCCGCAUCGGUAGGGCAAUUGAAACAACUGCAGGCCCUCGUAUUAAGCGAUAAUAAAAUUGAGAGCUUGCCCGCCAACAUAGCCAGUCUGAACAAUCUAAAAUCGCUUUUCCUGCACAGAAAUCGUCUGAGGACGCUACCCCCGGAAAUUAUUGCAUUGAAAAAUCUCAACGAGCUAAGUUUGCGUGAAAAUCCGCUGGUCGUGAGAUUCGUCAGCGACAUGAGCUACCACCCGGCCAGUCUGCUAGAGUUGUCGGCUAGAGCGAUAAAACUGCACAACGUGGACGUGAAACCUGCCGAAGUUCCCUACACUCUCUACCGCUAUCUGAACUCCGCGCAUCGCUGCGUCAAUCCCCACUGCAAAGGGGUGUAUUUCGACAACAGAAUAGAACACAUCAAAUUCGUCGAUUUCUGCGGCAAAUACAGAAUCCCCCUUCUGCAGUACCUCUGCUCAUCCAAGUGCGCCUCCUCGGAAGAAGACGAAAUCGUCAGCCCUUCGAGAACGUAUCUAAUGAAGAAAGUGUUGCUGGGCUAAUGGCCUACACCUACUCAGCAGGUUGAAAUGUGAUACGUGCCGGUGUAUCAGUGAUUUCCUUGUCAUUUUAAAACAGCGGUGGACGAAACUUCGGUUUUUAUUGACUGUUAAGGAGGAUUUUCUAAACUGGCCGAGCCAA